CGCAGACAGCCACUCCAUUGUCCUAACCUGUCAUGUUUCGAUUCUCCUUACCCGGACCGUGGAUCGCAUUUUCGUGAGCGUCAAUUUAUUGAUGGUGUCGAGAUCAUCCUUCGCCUUGCAAAACGUGCACCACUUUGUCAGUGUCAACCACUCGGCAUGCCGGAUGCAAUCUCGAAAUUAAUAUAGGAGAAAACCCCUUGAUGGUCUAGUGUCCUGGAAAAUUCACUUUCAUACCGCUAUCACAAAGGCUAAAUAAACCCCCCUGCAGCAAUGCCACGAGUAAAAGGACAGCAGGAUGUUGGCUCCGCCUCGUAUCUUCCGAGCAGCAGUCCCAGCGCCCUGGCCAUGAGUUUGGGGAAGACUUCCUCCCCUGUCAGGUUGGGAGGGAGAAAAGACAGCAGUUUGACACCAUGGUUUCUGUCUACAUCUCCGAAAGGGGCCUUUCGGCCAUAAUGUGGGCUGGAGUCGUCCUUUCGACCAUUUUCGUCGCCCUCCGCACUCAGGUCCAGUUCCGCAAUACCAGCAAGUUCUUCAUCAACGACUACUGGAUCUUCUUCGCGAUAGUGUGCCACCUUGCGACUGCAAUUGUGUACCAGAUCGCCAUCCCGCCCAUGUAUGAUGUGCAGUACUUUGACUAUGUGACGCAGCCAAUGGAUGCGGCAUUCAUGGACCGCGCCUCGCUAUUCCUGAGACUGCAGUUCGCCUUGGACUUUUUGCUCUGGACGACGCUGUGGGCGGUCAAGUUUUCGCUUUUGUUCUUUUUCUGGAGAUUGUUUGAUUCGGUGCGCACACCCGUGCGUGUGUUCUGGUUGACGAUGUGUGCUAUUACAGCCUCGACGUGGAUUACGCUGGUGGUCUUGCAGAAUUUUGCGUGCGAUCCAAUCAAGAAUUUCUUUACUCUGGGUAAAUGCAGCUCCGAUAGAGACAUCUAUUAUUCCAACCUCGUCUUCAAGUUCACCGUUGGCACCGAUAUAGCUGGAGACAUACUGAUAAUGCUCAUCCCCUUCCCCUUGCUCCGAACCCUUCAGGUCGCCCCGCGCCAAAAAUUCAUCCUGGCCGCAAUCUUCUCGCUCCCCAUAAUCCCCAUCAUUUUUGCCGUCCUGCGCCUCGUCAUCGCGAACCCGUCAACCGGGAAUGUCGAUCCAAUCAAGUUCCAGCUCUACAGCAUGCUCGAGAAUUCGUCUGCGAUCGUCACCUCCUGUUUACCCUCCUUGAGACUUUUCGUGGGCAAUUCCAGGGCACAGGCGUAUACUGGGAGUCACAAGUAUCAUCGGUAUGGACGGGAAUACUCAUCUGGGCAGGGCAAUUAUUCUAGAAAUAGGGUGCAUUGGAGUGGGGGAGCGGAAAGUUCUGAAGCCAGGGUUCAGGCCCAGAGCUAUCAGAUGGAAAUGUUUGCGAUGGACACGCAGAGUGGGAGUAGAGCAAUGGAGGAGGAUGCAAAGACGGACAAGUCGGAUUCGAGUCAGAGGGGGAUUGUGCAGCCCCCGAAGGGGGUAUUUGUGACGAGGGAGUUUAUGGUUCGGUGAUUAAUACGGUCCGCAUUGGUCCCAUGGCAGUAAGUAGAUUCGAUCAUGGGUGAAAAAAUAGACAUGUGGGGAUGAUAAACUGGCUCGGGCUACUUCUUGAGUCGUAUACAAAAAUUAUAAUAUAUCUAAAGUCAGGCCAGAUCAGUCCUAUAUAACCUGUUCUCUUCUGGGGAGAAAGUCAAAGCCAAGGUAAAGCCGCAAAGAUAGGCCUCUCCGAGCAUGAUUCCCUUUACCA